CGGUAGUCAUUUGGGCCCCGUGAUAAACCAAGUGAUGCAGCAGCCUGAACAAACGGGGAGUCGAAAAGAGAUUUGUUUUGACUUCAAGCUCCAGUUGAUUACGACCUACACGAGUCUGCUGUUGCAGUUCGACCAUCUUGUGCUAGCCGACGCUGUAAGGGCAACAACAGCGCAGCAGAC